AUGGCCACCUAUCCAUAUACCAUCGGUUCUAUAUCUGCGAAUAACCCUGGCCUCCCUGAAAUUCUUGGUGAGAUCCAUCUCAACCAAGCAGUUGUGGAAGGGCAAGCACUCGAUCGGCUACAUCUACGACAUGCCAAGGCCACGGCCCAUGCUCUUCGGGGCAUGAAUAUUCCUCAAUACCCAGAAUUGACAGAAGAUGUGGUCGAAAGCGCUCAAUGGCGGGCAGAUGUGCUUGAUCUUGUGCAUGCUCAAUCUCAGUACAUGCCAGCAAAUUUGGCAGAUACCCUGCAAGAGAUCCAGGAACAACUCCGUGACCUUAACAAUAAUGUGAAAACUGGACGAGCAGAGACUGCAAAUGCCUUGCUUCGUUUAAGAAACCUAUUUAUCGAUCCGAUGGUUCUCAGUCCUGUUCAGAAGACUGUAGCAGGGUCUGGUAUCCAACUAGCAAGGGCCCUCGCCCCCGAUCAUGCCUCCUGCAAUGCCAUUAAUCAGUUUGCCACCAACCACCCUGAAUUUGCUGGCGCGAACAUCGGCUCGACCCCACCUCUGUUUGAUCCUAAUAUUGACAGCUACCAGCACCUCGAAUUCCUUAAGCUAAUCCUCUUUUACAAUGAAGACAUAGGGAUUGUUGCUGGGAAUGGAGUCUCUGAUCGCAGGAAAGCUAUGCGAAAUUGGUUGAUUGAAUUAUAA